AAAAUAUUCAGUAUAAACUAAUAUUCAGAGCGAACAGAAGCAAUGGCGUCGGAUAAAACAAAAUCAAAUAGUUCAGUGAAGCAUAUUCCAAAAGAUGCCCAAGUCAUAAUGUCAAUAAUGAAGGAGUUAAAUGUGACCGAUUACGAACCGAUUGUUAUAAAUCAAUUACUUGAGUUCACAUAUCGAUAUGUUACAUGUAUUUUGGACGAUGCAAAAGUCUAUGCAAAUCAUGCAAAGAAAAAGGUUAUUGAAUUGGACGACGUAAAAUUGGCAUCACAAAUGACAUUGGAAAAGGCGUUCACAACACCACCGCCGAGAGAGGUUUUACUGGAAUUGGCACGUAGUAAAAAUGUGAUUCCAUUGCCAAUAAUCAAAACACAUUGUGGACUUCGUUUACCACCCGAACGUCAUUGUCUUUUGUCAGCAAACUACAAACUGCGAGCGGCUGAAUUGCAACCGAAAAAACUUGGCAAAUCAGCAUUAGAUCGAUCUGGAUCGAAGAACAAAUCUACCGGUUCAACAAUGCUCAAGCGUCAAUCGAUUGCAAAUUCAUCAAAAACACAAACGGUUUCAAUACCAAAGCCAACGUUCAAAGUUAGUGCCAAUACGAAUGGCAGUGCAAAUGGUGCCUCAGGUUCGUCGGGUCCAACACAACCGCCGAUUUCAAUUGCCAAUAAUCAUCAAAUAAAACUAAAUAGCGAAAUUAAAAUGGAAGUAGAAGAUGAUUACAGCAAUUACAGUAAUGAUUCUCACGGCAAACGAAAACGAGAAGAUGACGACGAUUUUGAAUAUGAAGAGGAAUUCGAAGCCGUUGCUUAAGCUGUUUACCGUACAUUUUUCACUUCAUUCCGAUUUCAAUCGUUGUCGACAGAUCAUUAACAUUGAUUUACUCCCCCUUUAAUUUAUAACCUAUUAGGAUCUGUUAAAAAUCAUUUCAACUCGUCGUCGUCGUGCUAAGAUUUUUAGGAAACAAAUUUUUUUUUAUAUGUAAAUAAGUUUAUGCAAAUAAAUUUUAUUGAGAGAGAAAAAAAACCACUGGAA